CGGGGCGGCUAAGAAGAAAUCUACGGUGACUGAGAGCUAUUACAAUGAUUUAAUUAAGGCUGUCGACAGUAAGAUCACGCCCGCUACAAGGCAGAUUGAUCAGUUCAUUUGUGAGGAUGUGGAGGAUUGCAAGGCAAAAACUUGGAGCUGGAGGAUUUCCUGUUCCGAUUUUAGAACAAUCCUUGCAGAGGAUACAGCAGCCUGCAGUAUCCGCAUUGAGAUGUUAUUCAUCUGCUACCAAAGAGGCAACUCAAAGAUGGGCAUAUCCUUGCACACAUCCUGGCUGCAACCUCCAUUGGAGUCAUCUCUGCCAUUGCGUUUCACUACUACCAUCGACAAGCCCCAAAAACAGUUGGAAGAUCAAACCGUAGUUCCAUUGUUAGACAGGAAUGAGUCUGGCUGUGUUGCCAAACUUGAAAGAUUCUCCAAUUAUGUCGCUAGGCAGAUAGGAUUUGAAGAUGGAAGUGAAUGUCCCCAACUUUGCAAAUUAGCAUAUGAGUACCUCAAAAAAUCCAAAGAGUGUGAGAGUACUAUCUAUGAGUAUUUUGCUGAUGAGCCAAAUGUUGAUGAGCUGUAUGUGAAGUUGGUUGAGGAGUUUGAUAGGUGCAUCCUUGCCUAUAUUGCAUUUCAUUGGAGCCAAGCUUCUCUCAUGAUCAGUCAGGUAUAUGCAUAUAUAUGUGUUUAUAAAUGUUUCAACAGAAAUGUUUGGUAUUGA